UCUAAAAACCCUCGCCACAUUGCUUCCUAUAAAAGCCCACUCCGCCUCUUGCCUCUUUCCACUUCAAACCCUAACGCUGCGGCGCUCUCCACCUUCGUCCUAACACGGCAGCUGAGAUCGUCUCCUUCAUCAAUCGAAAAUGGGGAAGACACGUGGUAUGGGAGCUGGGCGCAAGCUGAAAACCCACAGGAGAAACCAGCGGUGGGCUGACAAAGCUUAUAAGAAAAGCCACCUUGGCAACGAGUGGAAGAAGCCGUUUGCCGGCUCAUCCCAUGCUAAAGGGAUCGUCUUAGAAAAAAUUGGCAUUGAGGCAAAGCAGCCUAACUCUGCUAUCAGAAAGUGUGCGCGAGUACAGCUCGUGAAGAAUGGGAAGAAGAUCGCCGCUUUUGUGCCCAAUGAUGGUUGCUUAAACUACAUUGAGGAAAAUGAUGAAGUGUUGAUUGCUGGAUUUGGUCGAAAGGGGCAUGCCGUCGGUGAUAUUCCCGGUGUCCGAUUUAAGGUUGUGAAGGUCUCUGGUGUUUCUCUACUGGCUCUUUUCAAGGAGAAAAAGGAGAAGCCCAGAUCUUAGAGCUGCUACUAGUUGGCAAGAGGAUUUUGAAGGGAAGUUACUCGCCGUUUUUUUUCCUCUUUAUGGUCUUAUUGGUCUCUAAGUUUUAGAGUUUUGAAGUGUAUUUGACCCCCUGAAUUUCUCCCUGAACUGAAUUUGGUACUUAUGUGAUGCUAUUUUAUCUUCUCAUCAGACCCUACCUGUGUCAUCCAUUGUCCAAAUUUUCUUUCGAAUUCUCCAGCAUUGAAUUUCAGUGCUCGUAGUCAAA